UGCAGUCCAGGUUCGAACCCGCCACAGUGCUCGGUGCGUCGUGCGAUCGGUUCACCGGCCAUGGGUCGAACGAUGCGGCGGAUGGGAGGUCCUUUGCCUCUGCUGCUGUCACUGGGUGUGGCGCUCUGCGCAGCUACCUGCACCCUGCGCACCGCUUUCAUCACGACCCAAAGCGUGCCGACUUCGCCGCCGUUGAUAGCGCGCAGUGCACGAAAAGCAACAGGCGAUGAACUGGUUCCGCCAAAGCGACCAGCCUCGUCCUACAUGAGUUGGCUGAACGACAACCGCGAGAGCAUCGUGGAGAAACUUGGCACCAACAGUGUCACGUUGGUCGCCAAAGAGGCCGGACAACAGUGGAAGAAGCUCAGCGCAGCGAAGAAGAAACCCUACGAAGCGGCUUGGGUCAAGGCCAAGGCGAAAUACGCCAAGGACCUGGAGGAUUUCAAGGCCGCGGGCGGCGUCAUCCUGAAACCCGAGAAGAGGACGAGUCGGACGCGCUCGACGCGCGCGAAACGUGAUCCCAACAUGCCCAAGCGGCCCCUAAGUUCGUAUAUGCUGUGGCUGCAAGACAAUCGUGCAAGCAUCGUGAAGUCAAUGCCUGCAGGGCACAAAGUCACCGACGUCAUGCGGGAAGCAGGGGCGCAGUGGAGCAAGCUGACGGCCGCCAAGAAGAAGAAAUACGAAAAGGCCGCCGCCGAUGCGAAGGCCAAAUACCUUGAAGAGAUGGAAGAGUACAAGGCAGAAUCCUAAGUGCUGUGCUGACACAUCGCAAGGCCGGCCGCAGCGUCAGCGAAUGGGGCCCCAUCUCCACACCUCUGGUCGCUGACUGUGACCCCGGUGCAGGUGGGAUUAAACUUCAAUGCUGCCUGCCUGAGUGUCACAGCAGGAUCGCCAAUGAAUCUUAAAUUCAGGAUGCAAGCGCCGAUCCGUAUGGAGUGAGAUUUCUGGCAGUUGGUUUUGGAACUUGAAUUCAUUC